UGAAGCUUCGGAUCGAAUCAGAAUUUGAAUCGGAACGAUUGAAAAGAAUGGCGUCGAAUAUUAUGAGACCGGCGUUUGCUUACACGGUUGUGUACGUGAAGGACGUCGCUAAAUCCGUAGAGUUCUACUCUAGAGCCUUUGGUCACAACGUCCGUCGUCUUGACGAGUCCCACAGGUGGGGGGAGCUAGAGAGCGGGCAAACGACGAUAGCGUUUACACCGAUUCACCAGCAUGAGACGGACGACCUGACCGGGAAGGUUCAGUCUACACAUUCAGCCCGUGAGAGAGCACCCAUCGAAGUCUGCUUCUGUUACCCCGAUGUUGAUGCCGCUUUCAAGAGGGCUGUGGAGAACGGUGCGGUGGCAGUGAGCGAGCCGGAGGACAAGGAAUGGGGUCAGAAGGUUGGAUACGUGCGAGACAUCGAUGGCAUUGUUGUACGCAUCGGUAGCCACGUUAAGUGAAUAAAAUACAGAGACUAGAUCAGGAAACAUGGUCGUAAUUAAGACACUAAGUACUAUAUAUGCAUACAAAUAAUACAAGAUAUAUACUAUGGGUACUCUUUUUCUUUUUUGUGUGGUUUGGAUAUUCUCUCUAAAGCAAAAGUGGAAAAUAAAAAGUUUUACAA